AUGUCGGCUUCGAAUUAUAGCCAGGGUAUGCUAGACAAAGGUUCUUUUCUGGCAGGCAAUGAUUCCAGCAAUGAGAAUGCCCUGACAUCGAAAUUGCCUUGGAACUCCGUGUCAAAAAGCAUGGGCCUAUCUUCCAGGUCACGAGGCCAACCACUCUCGCCGACACAACAGAGACAGAACCAGGGCCUGGCCUUUCUAGGCAGAACUACACAUGCUGAGACGGAGGAUUCAAAUCUGUUUGCUGGCAGUUCCCCGGAUAUCGAGGAUGAGCCUUUCCCCGGACAGCAGUCGUAUCAGCCUUCUGGAGCUGGUAGUGUCGCCACUCGCUUUCGAGGAUCUCCGCCGCAUGGUGCAGACUACAAUCGAAGUCAAGUGGAAACUCAUAUUCAGACGACCAAUACGGGCAAAUUCAAGGCAAAUGGGAUCCUCACAUCUGCCUCUGGGUACAUCAACGAGCGGGAAUACUCGUCCAGCGGACUUCUGUCGCCCAAGGGAAGUGCUCCUGCUUACUCGCAGCACAAUGGAUAUGGUGCAACCAGGGGGCCAACACUCAGAGAACGAGUCGAGGGUUCUUCGAAGUUCCCAUCCACCACGCCAUCGUACGCAAAUGGCCUUGAUCGCGCGGUGAACGCUGAACGGUUCGAGUAUAAUCCGACCCAGCAGGUCGAUGAGGCCAUGCGGUCCUUGCGGACGCUAAGCUUUGAACGGACCCCAGGACAUGAAGCUGGCGUCCAGACCAUCCCCACACGGAGGACUUCGGUUCCCCAGCCACAGCAUCCACGCGACAUCCUAGUCCACCCGGUCGCGACACACGCCUCGACGCCACCCAGCAUUUUCAAUCCUGUGGAAAGUAGAAUCCAUUCAUCGGUAGGUGACGUACAGAGUUCCGGGAAUCGGUUGGAGCAUCAGGUCGUUCCUCACUACGGCGGUCUUUCCUACGGCGGACGUGCUGCUCUCUCCCCGUUGACGAAUGAAUUCAGGAGCAACCUGCAUAGUCCAAUGUAUUCAGCGGCCGGCACGCCCCCGACCGGACCGCAGUCUGUUCGGAGCACUCCUGCAAGCGGUAUAUCGAGCCGUGCAUUUCACAACGAUCCAUCAACUGGGGACCGCAAAUAUGUCAAUCCGGAAUUUUACGGAUUCGACCACUUCUCGUUUGUGCCGAAUCCAGUUCACCAAAUGGGCAACAAUGGAGUUAAUUAUGACUUCCACAAGUCAGCCCAACCAUUACGGAUGAACCCUCUUGCUCACCCCUACAUUGCAUCGGCCCAUCCCGGUCUAAACGGUUAUCCUGCGGCAUCUCGGAUCUCGACCCGCGAGCCUGACCAAAGUCAAAUUGUCAGAAGUCCGCUGCUUGAGGAGUUUCGGGCGAGUAGCAAGACCAACCGACGGUUCGAACUUAAGGACAUUUACAAUCAUGUGGUCGAAUUCAGCGGCGACCAGCAUGCCUCCCGUUUCAUUCAACAGAAACUGGAGACGGCCAACAGCGACGAGAAAGAACAGGUGUUCAGAGAGAUCCAACCUAAUGUCCUCCAACUCAUGACGGACGUGUUCGGCAACUAUGUUAUCCAGAAGAUGUUUGAACACGGUAACCAGUCGCAGAAGAAGGUUCUGGCCAACCAGAUGAAGGGCCACGUUCUCGUUUUGUCUACGCAGAUGUACGGUUGCCGUGUGGUACAGAAGGCAUUCGAACACGUCUUGACCGAUCAGCAAGCCAGUUUGGUCAGAGAGCUGGAUGGCCCGGGUCUGCAGAUACUCAAAGUCGUCAGAGACCAGAAUGGCAAUCAUGUUGUGCAGAAGGCCAUUGAACGGAUUCCCGGCGAACACAUUCAAUUCAUAGUGGACGCCCACCGAGGACAGGUGGCAAAAAUGUCGACGCAUCAGUAUGGCUGUCGUGUGGUACAACGCAUGCUCGAAUACUGUCGACCAGACGCCAAGCGACUCAUCUUGGAUGAACUCCUGGACCACAUUCUGCCUCUCAUCAGUGACUCCUAUGGCAAUUAUGUUGUGCAGCACAUCAUUCAGAAUGGAGAACCACGAGAUCGGCGCCAUGUCGUUGACAUUGUCCUUCAGCAGCUUCUCACUUUUUCGAAGCACAAAUUUGCCAGCAACAUUGUGGAAAAGAGCAUUGAUUACGCGGAUGAAGACCAACGUGCAGCAAUUCUUCGUGGUUUGACGGUGGCCGACGACCAGGGUGCCACCCCAGUUCUUGGACUCAUGCGGGACCAAUAUGGCAACUACGUCCUGCAAAAAGUGCACGCUCAGCUCCACGAUGCAGAGCUCCUCGCGCUGGAAGUCGAGAUGAAGCGAAACUACCCGAUCUUGAGACGAACCAGUUAUGGGAAACAGGUCAUGGCAAUGGAAAAGCUUCUGUUCAAUGGAAACGGUCCGUCCAGCGUAACCACAAGCAAUCGCAGUUCCGAACUGCCGAGCACAAGUGCGAGCAGCAGUGCCGAUGGCGAAGGUAGUCCGGCCGCUCAACGCGAGUCGAAAUAG